CGCCGGCAGCUGGGGCGGGGCGCCCCGGCCGGAUGCGGUGUAGGGCUAGCUGCGGCGGCUGCGGCGAUGAGUGCCUCUGCGGCCACGGGGGUCUUCGUACUGUCCCUCUCGGCCAUCCCGGUCACCUACGUCUUCAACCACCUGGCUGCCCAGCACGAUUCCUGGACCAUUGUAGGGAGUGCUGCCCUUAUCCUGCUCCUGGUCGCCCUGCUGGCUCGCGUCCUCGUCAAAAGAAAACCACCCCGGGACCCACUGUUCUAUGUUUAUGCCGUCUUUGGAUUUACCAGUGUGGUGAACCUCAUCAUAGGCCUGGAACAGGAUGGAAUCAUUGACGGCUUCAUGAUGCACUACUUGAGAGAGGCCGAGCCGUAUCUGAACACUGCAUACGGGCACAUGAUCUGCUACUGGGAUGGGUCUGCACACUACCUGAUGUACCUGGUGAUGGUGGCAGCCAUAGCAUGGGAGUAAGUCAGUUCACUUGGUGCGUGUGCCUUGCCGCCCUGGCAACAGAUCAGCAGGGAAAGUUAUCGAACCAUUGGCCUGUAUUGGGUCGGAUCUAUUAUUAUGAGCAUUAUUGUUUUUCUGCCUGGAAACAUUGUGGGCAAGUAUGGAACACGAAUUUGCCCGGCUUUUCUCUUAAGCAUACCAUACACUUGUCUUCCUGUCUGGGCUGGUUUCAGAAUCUAUAAUCAGCCAUCCGAAAAUUAUAAUUAUCCCUCAAAGGUCAUUCAAGAAGCCCAAGCGAAGGACCUGCUGAGAAGACCGUUUGAUUUAAUGUUGGUGGCGUGUCUCCUCCUGGCAACUGCAUUUUGCCUGUUUAGAGGCUUGAUUGCUUUGGAUUGCCCGGCUGAGCUCUGCCGAUUAUAUACGCAAUUUCAAGAGCCCUACCUAAAGGAUCCAGCUGCUUAUCCUAAAAUUCAGAUGCUGGCAUAUAUGUUCUAUUCUGUCCCUUACUUUGUGAUUGCACUUUAUGGCUUAGUGGUUCCUGGGUGUUCCUGGAUGCCUGACGUAACCCUGAUACAUGCUGGAGGUCUAGCGCAGGCUCAGUUUUCCCACAUUGGUGCUUCUCUUCAUGCUAGAACUGCUUAUGUCUACAGAGUCCCCGAAGAAGCGAAAAUCAUUUUUUUAGUAUUAAACAUAGCAUACGGAAUUCUUCCUCAGCUUUUGGCCUAUCGUUGUAUCUACAAACCAGAAUUCUUCAUAAAAACAAAGGCAGGUGAAAAAAUUGAAUAAAAGCAUUACUUCAUGUUCCUUCUCUCUAAGUUACUGACUUUUGUGAUAUUGGUACUGAUAUUUUGUCCCAUUUUACUCCCUUCCCGUAUCUGUACACCUAAGAAUACAGAAAUUCUUGCUCUGCACUGUAUAUGUGAGCUGUAAUUUGGUAUUGUGUGGGUAAAUUUUUUGUCCUUUUCUGAAGGAAAACUGAAGUUGAGAAACAGUUUCUUAAAAGAAAUAUAUUCUAAAUUAUUUAUAAAUAAACCUGAUCAUCUAUCUCAAUACUCUUUGUACACAUUAAAUAACUGUUAGCGUGAAACAUUAGUUUAGCUCCUACAGUAGUGAGCAUGAAGAUGAAAUUAUUCAAAGUGAAUAGGGUCUGUGCAUAUUUAAAAAUUCUAAACAGCAAAUGCAGAUUGAAGAAUUUUUGCAUAUAAGUUGCAUAUGCUUUAUUGUCAACCUCGAUACAAAAAGGCAGAUCAUCAAAAUAUUUUUAAAUGUUGUUUGAAAAAUGUUUUCCCAAGGAAAGUAUAUUUACUGCUGUUUUGAAAAUCACUUUUACUAAUUUUUUUUUUUGUGAAUUUAAAUAGCUAAAGAAGGAUCAAUAACUUAUCAUUACCCUUAAUGAAUACUUGUUUUAUUGGUGACAAUAUUCCUAUUGUAUUUCUGUGUAUAUUUCUAAUAAAAUUAUUUUUUGCCUUUUA